UAAAUGGCUACCUCGCAUUAUUCAUAUUUGAAGAUUUAAAAAGACAAACGUGUCAAGUAUUUUCAGGAAAAGAGAACUUAAGACGGAUGACAAACAAAUCGACAUUUCGAAAGUUGUUUGUGGGGUUCCUCUGGUCCAAGCUGUUGUUCAAUCAAGUGGAUAGCUUGAAUGGAUUAUCGCUCACAGUGGACACAAGUGUGUCCAUCUUCAAUUGUAAUCGAGCUUUCCUCGGCUUUAACUUUCCACAUUACAUCUUCAAGUGGAAUGCAUUUAACUUUAGUGCUCCCAGAGCCAUACUGCUGGCCUCUGAGAUGAAACAAAGCAGCCUUAGAAUCUAUGGGACACCAGUCUUCACACCACAAGACAAAUCUCAGUUUGAAAGGGACAAAAAUCUGGUAUGGGGUUCAAUGCUCAAGGAGGAAAGAGAGUCUUUCCAUAACCCAGAUAUCUUUAUUAUUUCACUUAAGGACUGGUCUAAAAUAAUGAAGUUUAUCCAAGCAGUUGGUUGGAAGUUGAUGAUGGACUUCGCGGCUAACAUGCACUCCAAUGGUCUUUGGAUAUCAAGAUAUGCUCAGACGUUUUUAGAACUAUGUACACGGUUUAAAUUAGAGAUUCCAGAAUUUCAAUUAGGAAAUGAGCCUAGCAUGUACCACUAUCGGCUGAAUAUCAACGCCACAACUGUUGUCAGAGACUUUAAGUUCUUUGGAGAACUAUUGAAAAAUAAAUUUGAGUUUUACAAAAACAGUCGAAUCAUUGGUCCUGACGUCGCACAGUUUAGAAGAUCCAAACUUUUCUUUGAAUCAUUUCUUCGGGAAGGUGGCUGCAAAUACGUUGAUGAAGUGUCAUUUCAUCACUACAGCUUUGGAAGAAAUGCAGAACUAAAUACAUAUCGAAAUCCGAGGCUACUAGACAUCUUCAAGAGAGAAAUUGCCAUUGGACUGGACCUAAUGAAAAAAUAUAAAUGCGUCAGAAGGCUUCGUUUGACAGAGGCGGCUUCUUCUUUAGACGGGGGAAUCAAGGGCAUGAGUGACGCCUUUGUAGCAGGUUUCUCGUGGAUGGACAAGUUAGGUCAAUCAGCAUUAGCUGGCAUCACCAGGAUCUACAGACAUACCUUUUUUGGCUCAUCUUAUGGUGUCGUGGACGCUAAAACAUUAAUGCCAAACCCUGAUUAUUAUUUAUCUCUGCUGUUUAAGAGAUUCGUCGAGGGCCCGGUGUUUACAGUUAAUAGUCGACUUCCUAGGUCAAUCAGGGCUUACGCAAACUGUGCUCGAGAUUAUGCUACCGGCUCCUUGGUGAUAUACUUAAUGAACUUAAACGACAACGUGCAAUAUGUCAACCUGACCCAGUUCUCCCAGAAAGACGUGAUGGCGUACAUGUUUACAGCUCAUGGGGGCGACCUCCAAUCAAAGAGAGUGAUGUUAAACAAUGAAGAGCUAGUGAUGGAGGGAGAUAAUCUGCCUAUCAUGAAAGAAAGGAGACUCCGUGGAGAAGACAUAGAGCUGUAUCCCUUGAGCUACGCUUUCCUUAUCGUCAACAGAGCAGAUGUCCCAGCAUGCCUCAACUAUUUUAACGAAAACAAUAUCCGGUCCACGCGCAGGACUACCAGCAAACUGCAAACUAGGGAAGAAGCAGAGACUACUGAUAGCCUCACUACAACUGCACCGCCGAAUGCCACAGAUUCCUCCAUCAAUGAGGCUCCGAACACUUCUUUUAACAUGCAAGUGGGCACUACCAACUCCACCACUUCAUUACAAUUCCAUUUUCCGGAAGCGUUCUCAGUUUUAAACAGUGACUAUGAAUUGGAAGAGCAGACUCCAACUCCAGGCAAUACUUCCGUUUAUUUACAUCCGGGUUGUAUUGUACUGUGCUGUUUGUAUUGUUCUAUUUCACAUAUUUUAAUGACGUAUUAAUGUAUGAAUUAUUUUUUUUAUGGCUAAUGUCGCAAUAUCUCCUGGAAGUGUUGUGACUCGAGGCUAUUAUAAGGGGCUUGUCACAGAGAACAAGUCACUAAGAAGGAAACAUUCGAUAAAAUAA